GCCAUGUGGACCCGCACCGAGGAGGAGAAGUACGGCGUAGUGAUAUGCAGUUUUCGAGGAUCUGUCCCUCAAGGAUUGGUUUUAGAAAUAGGAGAAACAGUCCAGAUUCUUGAAAAAUGUGAAGGUUGGUACAGAGGAGUUUCAACAAAAAAGCCAAAUGUAAAGGGGAUAUUUCCUGCAAAUUAUAUUCACUUGAAAAAGGCUAUUGUCAGUAAUAGGGGGCAAUAUGAAACUGUGGUUCCACUUGAAGAUUCUAUUGUGACUGAGGUUACAGCAACUUUACAAGAAUGGGCCAGUCUGUGGAAACAAUUAUAUGUGAAACACAAAGUAGAUCUUUUCUACAAGCUACGUCAUGUGAUGAAUGAACUUAUUGACCUUCGAAGGCAGCUACUGUCUGGUCAUUUGACUCAGGAUCAGGUGCGGGAGGUUAAACGGCACAUCACGGUGCGCCUGGACUGGGGUAAUGAACAUUUAGGCCUGGACCUGGUGCCCCGGAAGGACUUUGAAGUAGUAGAUUCCGACCAGAUUAGUGUCUCCGACCUCUAUAAGAUGCAUUUGUCUAGCCGGCAAAGUGUACAACAAAGCACAUCCCAGGUAGAUACAAUGCGCCCACGCCAUGGUGAAACCUGUCGGAUGCCAGUGCCACACCACUUCUUCCUCAGCCUGAAGAGUUUCACCUAUAAUACCAUUGGGGAAGAUACUGAUGUCUUCUUUUCUCUAUACGACAUGAGAGAAGGCAAGCAGAUCAGUGAGCGGUUUCUGGUGAGACUGAACAAGAAUGGUGGGCCACGGAACCCAGAGAAGAUAGAACGAAUGUGUGCCCUUUUUACAGAUCUGAGCAGCAAAGAUAUGAAGAGAGACUUAUAUAUUGUUGCCCAUGUGAUCCGAAUAGGCCGGAUGCUCCUGAAUGACUCCAAGAAGGGCCCUGCUCACCUGCACUACAGGCGACCAUAUGGCUGUGCAGUGCUUAGCAUCUUGGAUGUCCUACAAUCACUCACAGAAUUAAAGGAAGAAAAGGAUUUUGUUCUCAAGGUUUACACUUGCAACAAUGAGAGUGAGUGGGCCCAAAUCCACGAGAACAUCAUCCGAAAGUCCAGUGCCAAGUACUCUGCCCCCAGCGCCAGCCAUGGUCUUAUUAUUUCUUUGCAACUUCUUCGCGGAGACAUGGAACAGAUUCGGAGAGAAAAUCCCAUGAUAUUUAAUAGGGGAUUGGCCUUUACAAGAAAAUUGGGAUUUCCUGAUGUCAUCAUGCCAGGUGAUAUCCGCAAUGACCUGUACCUAACCCUGGAGAAGGGGGAUUUUGAGAGAGGAGGAAAGAGUGUACAAAAGAAUAUUGAAGUGACCAUGUAUGUGCUUUAUGCAGAUGGAGAGAUCUUGAAGGAUUGCAUCAGCUUGGGUUCAGGAGAGCCCAAUAGGAGUUCCUAUCACUCUUUUGUCCUCUACCACAGCAAUAGUCCUCGUUGGGGAGAAAUUAUCAAAUUGCCUAUCCCCAUUGACAGAUUCCGGGGCUCCCACCUACGUUUUGAGUUCAGACAUUGUUCCACAAAGGACAAAGGGGAAAAGAAACUCUUUGGCUUUGCAUUCUCACCCUUGAUGCGUGAUGAUGGCACCACCCUCUCUGAUGAUAUUCACGAGCUUUAUGUGUACAAGUGUGAUGAGAAUAGCACAUUUAACAACCAUGCUCUGUACCUGGGCCUGCCCUGCUGCAAAGAAGAUUACAAUGGCUGCCCUAAUAUCCCCUCUAGCCUCAUCUUCCAGCGCAGCACAAAAGAAUCUUUCUUCAUUUCUACACAACUCUCUUCUACCAAACUCACCCAGAAUGUGGACCUCCUUGCUCUAUUGAAAUGGAAGGCCUUUCCAGAUCGGAUCAUGGACAUCCUAGGGCGGCUGCGGCAUGUCAGUGGGGAAGAAAUUGUUAAGUUUCUGCAGGAUAUUUUAGACACACUCUUUGUGAUUUUGGAUGAUAAUACAGAGAAAUAUGGCCUGUUGGUUUUCCAGUCUCUGGUUUUUAUCAUCAACCUGCUCCGAGACAUCAAAUAUUUCCAUUUCCGACCUGUGAUGGACACAUAUAUCCAGAAGCACUUUGCUGGAGCCCUGGCAUACAAGGAGCUCAUCCGCUGUUUGAAGUGGUAUAUGGACUGCUCAGCAGAACUGAUUCGGCAAGAUCACAUUCAGGAAGCCAUGCGGGCCUUGGAGUACCUUUUCAAGUUCAUUGUACAGUCUCGAAUCUUGUACUCUCGAGCUACAUGUGGGAUGGAAGAGGAGCAAUUUCGGUCCAGCAUUCAAGAACUUUUCCAGUCUAUCCGGUUUGUGCUCAGUCUGGACAGCAGAAACUCAGAAACACUCCUUUUCACUCAGGCUGCACUCCUCAAUUCUUUCCCAACUAUCUUUGAUGAGCUGUUGCAAAUGUUCACUGUGCAAGAGGUGGCAGAGUUUGUGAGAGGGACUCUGGGGAGCAUGCCCAGCACUGUGCACAUUGGGCAGUCAAUGGAUGUGGUGAAGCUGCAGUCUAUUGCCAGGACAGUGGACAGUCGCCUGUUUUCUUUUUCAGAAUCCCGCCGCAUCCUGCUUCCUGUGGUUCUCCAUCACAUUCACCUUCACCUGAGGCAACAGAAAGAGCUGCUAAUCUGUUCAGGGAUUCUCGGCAGCAUCUUCUCCAUCAUCAAGACCAGCUCUCUGGAAGCAGAUGUCAUAGAAGAGGUAGAGAUGAUGGUGGAGAGCCUCCUGGACGUGCUCUUGCAGACUCUACUCACCAUCAUGAGUAAAUCGCACGCUCAGGAGGCGGUAAGAGGGCAGCGGUGCCCGCAGUGCACAGCCGAGAUCACUGGUGAAUAUGUAUCCUGCCUACUCUCAUUGCUUCGUCAGAUGUGUGAUACUCAUUACCAACACCUUCUGGACAACUUCCAGAGCAAAGAUGAACUCAAGGAAUUCUUGCUGAAGAUUUUCUGUGUAUUCCGAAACCUGAUGAAGAUGAGUGUCUUCCCUCGGGACUGGAUGGUAAUGCGGCUGCUUACUAGCAAUAUUAUAGUCACUACUGUCCAGUACCUGUCUUCUGCACUACACAAGAAUUUCACAGAGACAGAUUUUGACUUCAAGGUGUGGAAUUCUUACUUUAGCCUGGCAGUUCUGUUCAUAAAUCAGCCAAGCCUUCAGCUAGAAAUCAUCACCCCAGCCAAGAGGAAGAAGAUUCUAGAUAAGUAUGGGGACAUGCGUGUGAUGAUGGCUUAUGAACUGUUCAGCAUGUGGCAGAAUUUGGGUGAACAUAAGAUCCACUUUAUUCCCGGAAUGAUUGGUCCUUUCUUGGGGGUAACUCUGGUCCCUCAGCCAGAAGUGCGGAAUAUUAUGAUCCCCAUCUUUCAUGACAUGAUGGACUGGGAGCAGAGGAAAAAUGGCAACUUCAAACAGGUGGAGGCGGAGCUGAUUGACAAGCUGGACAGCAUGGUUUCAGAAGGGAAAGGUGAUGAGAGCUACAGGGAGCUCUUCGGCCUGCUAACCCAGCUGUUUGGGCCAUACCCCAGCCUGCUGGAGAAGGUUGAACAGGAAACAUGGCGUGAGACGGGUAUUUCCUUUGUUACCUCAGUCACCCGCCUCAUGGAACGCCUUCUUGACUACAGGGACUGCAUGAAAGGAGAGGAAACAGAGAACAAGAAGAUUGGCUGUACUGUUAACCUAAUGAACUUUUACAAAUCUGAAAUUAAUAAAGAAGAAAUGUAUAUUCGAUACAUCCAUAAGCUUUGUGACAUGCAUUUACAGGCUGAAAACUAUACAGAGGCUGCAUUCACCCUGCUCCUUUAUUGUGAGCUGCUUCAGUGGGAGGAUCGGCCACUGCGGGAGUUCCUGCAUUACCCAUCCCAGACCGAGUGGCAGCGGAAAGAGGGGCUAUGCCGGAAGAUCAUCCACUACUUCAACAAGGGCAAGAGCUGGGAGUUUGGGAUCCCACUAUGCAGAGAGCUGGCAUGUCAGUAUGAGAGUCUCUACGAUUAUCAGAGCCUCAGCUGGAUUCGGAAAAUGGAAGCCAGCUACUAUGAUAACAUUAUAGAGCAGCAGCGCCUGGAGCCUGAGUUCUUUCGGGUUGGCUUCUAUGGCAGGAAGUUUCCGUUCUUCCUUCGGAACAAAGAAUAUGUGUGCCGGGGCCAUGACUACGAGAGGCUUGAGGCCUUCCAGCAAAGGAUGCUCAGCGAGUUUCCACAGGCUGUCGCCAUGCAGCACCCCAACCAUCCGGACGAUACCAUCCUACAGUGUGAUGCCCAGUACUUGCAGAUCUAUGCAGUGACACCCAUUCCAGAUUAUGUGGAUGUUCUGCAGAUGGAUAGAGUACCAGAUCGUGUCAAGAGCUUCUAUCGAGUCAACAAUGUGAGGAAGUUCCGCUAUGACAGGCCUUUUCACAAAGGCCCCAAGGACAAGGAGAAUGAGUUCAAGAGCCUGUGGAUUGAGCGUACCACACUGACUCUGACCCACAGCUUGCCUGGCAUCUCUCGGUGGUUUGAAGUGGAGAGGAGGGAACUGGUGGAGGUGAGCCCUCUGGAGAAUGCCAUCCAGGUUGUUGAGAAUAAGAACCAGGAGCUUCGAGCCCUGAUUAGCCAGUACCAACACAAGCAGGUGCAUGGCAAUAUCAACCUGCUCAGCAUGUGCCUGAAUGGUGUCAUUGAUGCAGCUGUCAAUGGAGGCAUUGCACGCUACCAGGAGGCCUUCUUUGAUAAAGAUUACAUCACCAAACACCCAGGAGACGCAGAGAAGAUUGCCCAACUCAAAGAGCUAAUGCAGGAGCAGGUCCAUGUCCUUGGAAUUGGGCUAGCAGUCCAUGAAAAGUUUGUACACCCAGAAAUGAGGCCUUUGCAUAAGAAGUUGAUCGAUCAGUUCCAAAUGAUGCGGGCCAGUCUGUACCAUGAGUUUCCAGGUUUGGAUAAACUAAGUCCUGCAUGUUCAGGCUCCAGCACUCCCCGGGGAAAUGUUUUGGCAUCACAUGGUCCAAUGAGCCCUGAAAACAUCAAGAUGACCCACCGGCACAGCCCCAUGAACUUGAUGGGCACAGGCCGCCAUUCAUCAUCCUCUCUCUCCUCACAUGCGUCUAGUGAAGCGGGAAACAUGGUGAUGAUGGGCGACAGCUCCAUGGGCGAGGCUCCUGAGGACCUGUACCACCACAUGCAGCUCACGUAUCACAACCCCAGGUACCAGGGCUCAGUCACCAACGUCUCUGUUCUGUCCUCGUCCCAGGCAAGCCCUUCUUCCUCCAGCCUGAGUUCCACUCACUCAGCACCAUCCCAGAUGAUUACCUCUGCUCCUUCCAGUGCCCGAGGCUCUCCCUCUCUGCCAGAUAAGUACCGCCAUGCUCGGGAAAUGAUGUUGCUGCUGCCUACACACCGGGACCGCCCAAGCAGUGCCAUGUAUCCAGCAGCCAUCCUGGAGAACGGACAGCCACCAAACUUCCAGCGGGCCCUGUUCCAGCAAGUAGUUGGAGCCUGCAAACCCUGCAGUGACCCCAAUCUGUCCAUGGCUGAGAAAGGUCAUUAUUCCCUACACUUUGAUGCCUUCCACCAUCCUCUGGGUGAUAACCCCCCAGCCCUCCCUGCCAGAACCCUGCGCAAGUCACCUCUCCAUCCCAUCCCAGCCUCCCCCACAAGCCCUCAAUCAGGCCUGGAUGGCAGCAACUCUACACUGUCUGGCAGUGCCAGCAGUGGUGUGUCAUCCUUGAGUGAGAGUAACUUUGGGCACUCCUCCGAGGCCCCACCUCGAACCGACACCAUGGACUCCAUGCCAAGCCAGGCCUGGAAUGGCGAUGAAGACCUUGAGCCACCCUACCUCCCUGUCCACUACAGCCUCUCCGAGUCGGCUGUCCUGGACUCCAUCAAGGUCCAACCAUGCAGAAGCCACUCAGCCCCGGGGUGCGUCAUCCCUCAGGACCCCAUGGACCCGCCUGCGCUGCCACCCAAGCCCUAUCACCCCCGCUUGCCAGCCCUGGAGCAUGACGAAGGCAUGCUGCUGCGCGAAGAGACCGAGAGGCCGCGAGGCCUGCAUCGCAAGGCCUCACUGCCUCCUGGGAGCACCAAGGAGGAGCAGGCCCGCAUGGCCUGGGAGCACGGCCGAGGGGAGCAGUGAAGGGCUAGGAGGCAGCUGCCACCUUCUGUGAGCAGCUGACCCAGCACUCCAGGUCCGAAAAGCAAAUCCCUCCCAGGGAGCUGGAGAGGCUUGGCACUCAGGAGAGAACCGCCUCGAGUCUGUUCUACUGCCGUGAACUCACGUGCUGCCAUGUUCAGAGGCCACAGCAGCAUGAAGGGUUGUGGUAUCUUUUUCUUUCUUUUUUUUUUUUUCCCCCGCUUUCCAUUUCUAUGAAUUUUCCUUUCUUUUCCUUUAUGCAGUAGAUGCUUUCUUCCUCCUGCAGUUCCAGACUCCGUGGAGCUAAACAGAGAUAUUGCACAGAUGAAUUGCUUUACAGCAUUGCAGGGCCCGGGAGCAGGAGCACAGGUUCUCCCUCCAGGGCUGAGAUGCACAGAAGAAUGGAAAUUGCACUAGGGACCUCUUCCUUUGCUGUGUGGACAGGAAAGUUCAUGGUUGCAUUCAGGGAUUGCAAGGACCACAUGGGCUACAGGUCACAGGUGGACACAAAGAGGCCACAAGCUGUUUUUGCACAAAUGCUUGUCCGCCUGCCCACUCUUCCAUCCAGGAGUGUGCAACUGAGGGGCUGGUCAGGCCAACCCAACUCAGGCACGUGACUAGCCUAACUGCAUGCCCAGGGCACACUGCCAGGCUUCCAUGGGCCAGCCUUGUCUCCUGGUCCACCUUGGACUUGUCUCAUCAUUUGUAUUUGACUGGUUGUUCCCUUCCAAUCAGAACACCUCCAGAAGCCUCCCCGGUGAAUGGAUCUGCAGGGUCGUCUCCCACCCGCCGAGGCUUGGAUCUCUGGAGGAGCAGAGCCAGAAGGGCUCUCGCUCCUAGAGGCUAGGCCCCUUCUCAUGUGCUAGAGAGAGAUGGUGUAAGAGUGAGGCUUGUGUGUGGCAGGGGCCAGAAAGCUACUAAGUUUUCCCAGGUGGCUAGAAUGCCUGCCAUGAGCUCCUGAAUCAGGGAUUUUCAGCACUACCUCUGAGCCAUGGGGUUGGCUGCCCAGCCAGGCUUCCAGGCCCUGAGGACGUGUGUGGGUCACAUGCAGUAAACUCUUGGGUAAAAGGGGUGGGAGGAAACUUCUCCCUUUGGAAGUAGCCAAACAGAAUUGUCAUCUUCCAAGUAGCCAAGUAACAGCACCCCGCACUAGGCCCAUGGGGACCACCACUCAGGGUUCGUUUGGGGCGGGCAGGACGAUAGUUUCUCCGGCCUCUCCAGUCUGUUGGGCAGGGUGCAGUGUUGUCUUUAUAGGAAACUCUUUCAGGUCAGGGCACUGAUUUUUCCUCUUGGUGUAUUAUUUGUGGGGGAACAGGGUGGGGUGGGUAUAGUACUAUUUUACCAGGGUGCUUCUAAGUUACUUUAAAAAAAAAAAAAGCUGUCUUUAAGACAAAUUUCUUCUUUCAUUUGCUUGAGUUCACAUUACUACUGACGGUCAUGAUUGCCUUCUUAUUGCACAGGUGUGUUGCUGCCAGUUCCUUUGGCCUCUAUGGCUGGGCCCUGGACCUUCAUCCCUUCCCCACAACCCCUUUCCAAACAGAAAAGGCCAUCGAUCAAGGUGUUUUGCUCUUGUAAGCAAAUGCCGACUUCUUUUACAGCAAUGCCAGCAAGUAACCUAUGGGGAAGGACGGAGGUGUCUGUCUGGGGGUUAUGACCAGCGAGGGGCUUUUCUCAUCCAAUCAGGAUUACUCCAUGCUGCGUGGGACAGGGGCUACUCAGGAGUGGACAGUCAAGGCAGCUCCAAGCUCGAAGGGCAGACCUGUUCCUGAGCCUAGAGUCACUUGCAGUCUUGUGUCUAGGGACCAUCUGGGGUUCACAUAGGUCAGAGGGUCAGGGGUUAGCUUUGCAUUUGAUUCUUAGAUAGGACAUCUUUAGAUUUUUUUUCAGGCACUUCUGACUCUCACGUCCCCAGAUCAGGCAGUUACAUGGAAGACACCUACCUUGCUCUGCGUUGGUGGCCCAAGAGUAAGAGAGGAGUGUAGAUUCCUUGGCCUUGUUUUUCCAAGGUGAAACAAACUUGUGUUUUUUCCUCCCCAUUUUCCCUAACUGGAUGAAAUGGACACAUUCUGAUACCCUUUUGUUGAAGAAUCAGCCAGUUGGAGGGGAAAUAGGAGGCCGGAGAUAAGAAUCCUUUGAAAAGAUUGUGAAAUACUGAUUUUCAUUCUUUCAAGCUUAUUUGUAAAUACCUAUUUGAAUGCUGUGUAUUUGUACAGGAAUUUGAGCAAAAAAUGUAUAGAGUGUGAUGUCCAAUUGGUAAUCAGCCCUAUAAAUGUGUUUUUAACCUCUGGCAUUCUGUGCUUAUUUAAAACAAGAAGACUAACCACUUCCUUUGUGUAUUCAUGUCUGAAGAAAAAGUGGUUUAAUUUACCUGUGCCAGAAAAGUUAAACAAAAACCCUUUGUACCAAUGUCCCGAGAGAUUCUCUGCUGUAUAUAUUGUGGUAGCAUGUUCGAAAUCCAGCCAGUGAUGUGACUUUCAGAUGUAAAUAUGCCCCCGGACUCUGCUCCCCGCUCCCUGGACUGCUGUGAUGUGAAUUAAAGAUACAUACCUGA